AUGUUUGAGGAUUCGAUACAAACGGUGAAAACGAAAUUUUUCUUAUUCUUUUCGAUUGCCGUCGUUUGGACUGAAAUUAACUUCUCUGUCAUGGCAUUUGGGAGUUUUUUUACAGUUCAUGCAGGAUUCUAUGUUGUGCCCACGAUGAACUUUUUGGCUCGCUCUUCGUCAACUUCGCAUGAUCAUCCAUGUUUGCCCACACCGAUCAUCAAGAAAAAACGAGCCCUCGAUGUUGCCGUAAUUGGAACACCGAAUGUUGGAAAGAAUAAUGAAACAAUCGUUACCAAAGACGAUCUUGAUCCAGAGGAGGCUAAAACUCGAUCACAACAUAUUCUCUUCGUACAGGAUGCGACAGCGACAGGAGAUUGCGUUCACCAUCGAGUACUUCAUUUUUUACUGCUAUUCCCACAUUCUCUCCUCAUUGGUCUUCAACAAAGAGAUAUCGCCUACAAAUUGCAACCGAAAAUUGGCGAAGGAUCACAAGAUGGAGAAGUGCUACAAAUUGUAGUGAAUAUAUCGUCAGAAAGAACGACCGGUAAAGCUGAUUAUCGGAAAAAUGGUGGUUCUCGGGUGAUCGAAAUCGAAAAA